CGCAGAAGAGACUCCGGGCAGCUUUUUACCUGGCGUCUGGGAGUUUCUUUCCGGAGGUCUGGUUCCACGCCGGAAGAGGAUGGCGACUGCCGCUCUGAAGAGAUUCUGGUCCCGAGACCGAGCAGUGGUUGGCGACUCGGCGGUCGCGAAGCCGGGCGUGUGGGUGCGGCUGGGCGCUUGGGCCCGCGCGCUGCUCCGGGACUACGCCGAGGCCUGCGGGGACGCGGCGGCGGGGCUCUGCUCGCUCGUGUACGAGGCGCCCUGCGACGCCCAGGCCAGCCUCUACCAGGCCCGCUGCCGCUACCUGCAGCCCCGUUGGGUCGACUUCCCGGGGCGGGUCCUGGACGUGGGCUUCGCGGGUCGCUGGUGGGUGUUGAGGGCCCGGAUGCACGACUGCGACAUUAACGACGACGAGUUCCUCCACCUGCCUGCGCACUUGCGCGUGGUCGGGGCCCAUCAGCUGCGCUCCGAGGCCAACGAGCAGCUCUUCGACGAGAAGUACAAGCCCGUGGUGCUCACCGACGACCAGGUGGACCAGGCGUUGUGGGAGGAGCAGGUCCUGCUGAAGGAGAAGAAGGACAGGCUCGCCCUGAGCGGUGCCGAGUCGCUGGGGCCGUGGGAGGGCCCGAGAUGAGACCCGGCAGGGCGGGGGUCCGGGCAGCUCACCCCUGGCUGACUUUGCCCGGAUCAGUGGUUGGUGUGGGAGGCCUCCGUGCAGGGGGUGCUCUUGUUGACUUUUCACAAGUUUAGGAAGCCUUUCUCCCUCCCUACGUGUUCAUCGUUAGCUGAAAGCGUUCAUGAUGCAUGAGUUGGGGAUAGCAGAGCGACUUGACCUUGUGCUUAUCAGUGACAGAGGUGGCAAUGGACCUGUUAAAUGAGCCUUUUCCAUUGGGCCUCAGGGUCCCCUGACCGAGGGAGACAUUGGGCAGGUGACACCCAAGCUCUCUUAAGACUUUCCAGAUUUUCUUUUGAAAUUUGAGCUGAAGUAUUUUUAUUUUAUGAUCUGUUCUUUCAGGGUUUUUUUUAAA